UUAAAAUUAAAUAAAGGACAAAUAAAUUGUAUAAUAGUUAUUUAAUAAAUUUUUAAAAGCGAAAUACAUAAAAAUGUCACUUCUACAGCACACAGGGAAAAUUUUUUGUGCAGGAAAAACAGCUUUGACCGGAUUUCAAAAUGCAAAGAGAAAUCUUAUGUCAAAAAGUCUUUAUUAUAGUGAAUUUGGGGAUCCGCUUAACGUGGUUAAGUUUAGGGAAAUGGAAGUACCUCCUCUGAAAAGCCAAGAAGUCCUAGUCAGGAUGUUAGCAGCACCAGUCAACCCUGCAGACAUUAAUACCAUUCAAGGAAAAUACCCUGUAAAGAUUGCCUUACCUGUUAUACCAGGAAAUGAAGGGGUAGGAGUUGUGGAAGAAGUUGGCAGUGAAGUAAAAAAUAUAUGUGCUGGGAAUAGAGUAAUAGUAACAGAGCCCAUGCAAGGCACUUGGCGGGACAUUGGUGUCUUCGGUAAAGAUGUUUUGCGGGUUGUUCCUGAUGAAUUAGGAUUAGUGGAAGCAGCUACACUGACAGUCAACCCUUGCACUGCAUAUAGAAUGUUGACAGAUUUCAAAAAUGUGAGAAAUGGCCAAGUUGUUAUACAAAAUGGUGCAAACAGUGCAUGUGGACAAAAUGUCAUUCAAAUAUGUAAAGCUUGGGGUAUUAAAAAUAUAAAUAUUGUCAGGAAUAGACCUGAAAUCAAGGACCUUAAAAGAUACUUAGAGUGUUUGGGUGCUACGUAUGUACUGACUGAGGAGGAACUAAGAACUACAACUUUGUUUAAAGAAAAGCAAAUUGCAAAGCCAAUAUUGGCUCUAAACUGUGUAGGCGGGAAAAGUGCACUAGAAGUUGUAAGGUAUUUAGAAAAGACAGGUGUGAUGGUAACUUAUGGAGCUAUGUCAAGAGAUCCAGUGACCAUUCCAAAUUCUGCACUUAUUUUUAAAGACAUAUCAUUCCAUGGAUUUUGGAUGACAGCCUGGAAAGAAAAAGCUUCAAUGGAUGAAAAAGAAAAAAUGAUGGCAGAUAUUGUCAGUUUGAUGUGUGAGAAAAAACUUGUAGGGCCAGUCCAUAAAAUGGUAAAAUUUGAGAAAUAUGAAGAAGCUGUUGGUAAUGCAUUGUCAUCUAAAGGCUUCACAGGCUGUAAAUACAUUCUAGAUUUUAGUUGCUAGGUAUAAAGCGGUUCAAUAUUGUGUUUAUUAAAAUGCAAGGAUGAUAAUGUAGAUGUUAUAUGUGAUAAGAUAAUAAAAUCAUACAAACAAUUGAUUAUA